AUGGUCCCCACCAAAAAAAAGGGUGGUGCCCAAGAAUACCGUUCAAUAAAUAAACUGGCAGAAGGAGAGGAGAACGGAAGACAUAAAGAAAUGGUGAUCACACAAAUUAACAGCUUGGCCUCCUUCUCACCGUAUCUCCAGUUAUCAAAUGAUAAUAAAGACAGAUCUCGGAGGAAACUCAGACCCCAAUUUUCCAGAAAACAAGAUAUUAGUUCAGAUGAUCAAAUUGUCUUAACGACCAGUAAACAAAUGCCAUCGACAAUAUUGUCUGCUUUGAGAAUUCCGAAGAUUUUUUUUGUUCAAUCUGGAAUUGCUGUUCUUGGAUUGGGUUUCAUUGAUGCCGGGUAUAGUGGGGAUUGGUCAAGGAUAGGAGUAAUUUCAGAGGAGAAUGAAGAGUUACUAAAAGUUGCUGCAUUUGUUGUAGUACCUCUAUGUCUCUAUCUCAUUUUAUCUAUUUCUCACUUGGAGAAAGAAGAGAAACAAUGAAGCUUGCUCAAUGAUCAGUUAGGGUCUUUUGUGUUGGUUUUUAUAUUAACUACUAGUCUUGUUUUGGCGAUUCGGUUUUGAGAUAUCUUGUUGCAAAGUUUAUUCACAUUAAAAACAAAUGAUAUGAGAAAUGAAUCAACAAUGAAAGUUUUGGAUUACCCACCAGCUA